GAUAAUAAUUUUUAACAUUAUCUAAAUAUUAUUCUAAAUAUUUAAUAAAACUAUUUAAAAACUCAUUAUAAUUAUUCUCAAAAGUCAAGAAUUACUUUUAAAUUUCAAAAUGGAAGUAGAUAUGGACUUGAGAAAAGCGUUCCACGAACUUCAAGAAAAACUCGUAUACACUUCACAAAAAAUCAAGCUGGCCGAUUUACAAAUAAACACAUUGCGCCAACACAAGCAACAUAAUCUUUUGACGAAACAAGAACUAGAAACGAUACCGAAAGACGUCAAGACCUAUGAAGCUCUGGGACGAGCGUUUGUGUUGACGCCAAGAGACGACGUAUUCAAAAACUUGAACAAGUUCAACGACGAUACAGAACAAAAGAUUAAAGUUUUAGAAAAUAGUAAACAAUAUUUGAACGGAAAUUUGAAAGAAAGCGAAAACAACUUGAGAGAAAUGGUCCAACGCAAAAAGGAAGAGGGCGACAAAGACGCGGAAAAAAGUCAAGCGGGCACUUCAAAAGCUUAAAGCCGACAAAAAAUGAUUGGGGGUUUUUUUUUUAACAUAAACUCAUUUUUCUCCACUUGUUUAACAUCGUCGUCUCGUAAUCAUAAUAACUUUAAUUAAGUAUUACGUAGAAUUCAAUAUUUAUAAUAUUGUCGUCUAAUCGAUUAACAGCCGUUUACUAAACAUUUUUCAUAAU